AUGUCGAGAGUCCGGAGGUUCUGGAAGAUAUUUCAUUGCCAUAUAUGUGGCGGUGAUGUCAAGGCACAACUGUAUUGUCCCUCUUGUGGUCACCCAUUCUGUCGAAAUUGCCAGCGGGAAGUCGUUGCGGAGGAGAAUGUCACAAAAGUGGUCACAGCAUCCCAGGCUCUUGACCCUUUUCAGUCGGUUGAUCAUAGUCCCAACACCGUGGAGCCACCCAUGCCUACGGAGAAGCCGAUCAGGAAAAUUCGCAAACCAGAUCCGGAACCUGACGAAAGGCCAGCAGUAACAUCAUCCGCAGCGGCCGAACCCGCAUUGGUGUCAUCACCAGAAGCUUAUGCACUUGCACAAGCCGGAAACGCCAGUCAAGAUCCCGCAGGUUCUCAAGAAGUAGAACAUCGCAAACGAUCCUCCAAUGUGCAAAAUGAAACAAGGUUAACAAGCCCGCCUUCUGAGACCAAAGACAGGCCAUCGUUGCAUCAGCAUGCCUUCGCCCCGGCUACCGAGGAGUUCAGCCAGGCCAUUACAAAGUGCACGGAAGGAACACCCACACUAAACAUAUCUUCAUCUGUCCGCAAUGCACAAAAUACCCAUAUUGUUUCAUCGGAAGAAACUCGGGGUACCCUUGAAGCGUUUUCGCCGUCCCCCGUGCACCCGGCCUUGCCUCCACCCCUUUUUCUUCCUCCUCGUACAAUGGUCAUCGAUGUCAGAAAGACACCUGAUACGAGCAGGUGGAUCUCACCACCAAAACCGGUGGCUGCUGUAUCGCCGUCUCCUCCUCUGCCCGCUCAACCUGGUGUGGCAAGACAGUUCUCAGCAGUGAAACGACAGGCUAGAAAACUCGCGAAUGGGCCAAGCUCACGGGCAUCGGAGGAAUCUCCAGGAGCGGACGCCGAGACCGUGAAAAGUACCAGUGGUAGUAGUGUUAAUGCUACUAAUCAGUAUUAUAUGCCCAAGGUGAAGGUCUCCAGUCCGCCGCUAUGGUUAAAAUUCCCAUCGACGAGAACAGGGGGCAAUGCCCAGCGGACGAAGAGAGCUGAACCUCCCGCAAAUAACACUCGGACUGGAAGUGUGGCCAGUACGGCUACAACCAUUACUGGCGACAGUGGACGAACUGGUGCUUCUGUCGGUAGUCAUGCCAUUAAGGAGACAUCAGCGCCCGAAACUGUCACUAACCCAUAUUUUCCUCAGCUUGAUCAGCAAGAGCAACAGGCUGUCAAGCAAGGCGAGGAGUCGCGUCACGGGGUACAUGAGCGACAAGGAGAGCACGGGGGUUACCAACAUAGCGGUGAUUUCCAUGAACAGACAACACUACAUGGGCACGCCCGAAAGGUCAGCCGCAAAGUUAGCGAGGAUCUGAAGGCGCGGAUUCUCAGUUUGCCAGUAUCUGAACAGGCCUCCAAGCCAAGCAAGGGGAACCGGCAUCCGCUUCAAGCAGACAGCAGAAGCGGCAACAAGACUGGACUGGCCACAGUCAUCAACCGAAUUUCAGAUAUGCAGUCCGACCAUUCCACCUACUCGGGCCGUUCUACCCCCUCAACCAUUCGCAGCGGGGUCACAACUCCGAAAUUACGGCCGGGCCGAACGCUUACUCCAAGUUCAGGAAAAGGUGCAAAGCGCGCCGGCGGCGAUAGACGUCACAGCCAGAAUCGAACGCCGACGCCAACCACCGCACGUUCCUCCGGCAGCCAUAGCCAACAGUGGCUACAGCAACAGCAACGCUCGUCACUACAUUCGGCUCGGCAGCCCACUGGACAACGAGCCAAGCGCCCUCAAUCACCUCCAGCAGUUGAGGAUAUACACCGUCAGAGUUACAGCGAUGCUACAGGCUUGUCGUCCCUUCCCUCGCGCUCCUCGGUGACAUCCUAUCAGACCCGUGAUGCCAUUAUAGACAGGACAGAACGCAGCAACCACAGAACAACAACUAGAAGGGAGAGUGAGACGGCACCUUUGCUUAACUCCAAUGUUACCUCUACGCCCACUGCUAAGAUGAUAGGCAACAGGCCACCACCGAAGAAAGCCCCGAUUGCGUCGUCUGCUGAUAUCCAUGAUCACCGUAGUGGUCUUCGUCGGGCUGAUCGAGAGAGGACGAGCUCUGACGACGAGACGCCGCCGAAUGAAGGUGAUUACGGACACACAACAUCACCACCACCACAAGAGAUUGUAAGGCAAGCGGAAGGGUCGUCGGAAGAGGAAACUGGUUGUCACCAUGACCCAGGUACAGGUAUUCACGGGUUGACGAUCGUGUUGCACCUCAAGGGACAGGAAGACUUGGUCAUCAGCACGGAUCUGACUCGCGAGGCUUCGGGCGCGGAUGGCGCCAGUAGUGUGACUAUGAGUCUCUCUCCUAUUGUUCCUCUGUCGCCGCAGUCUCCGAAUUCUGGUCACAGGGUGGCUUCACCUUUUAGGAUCAUAUGA